AUGUCCACUGACAGAAUGGCCGAGACAGGUACGGAUACAGCCAAAGCUCUGGUUCCUUCUGCCGUGCAUAUAACUAGGAUAUCACAUGAAAGUAAAGCACCCAGCAUCACGGAUGACAAGCCCAAAGCCAAAAGACGUAGGGCUGUCGAUGCAGUUCACGACCCCUCAGUUUCGACGAAAGAUAUUUGUGUGCAACUCGAGAUACCUAUUGAGGAUGAUCCGAGAACCGACCUUGAGACCUUUAGUCGAUUCAAGCGCCUGGGCCGGUUUAAUGACGCGAAGGAGUUCUUUGACACUCAGCUCGAUAACUUCCGGACGACUCCAUAUAUUUUCGUACAAUAUGCUGAGAUGCUCUUCGCUGCUGGUGAUUUGAACGGAUUUCGCCAACUUGUGUAUCCGGACGACUUCUUCCACAUAGGUACUGCAUUGCCAAAUAACGAGCUUGCGGCCAACUUCGAGUUGAUGAAGUUCCUGGCUCAGCCAUUACUUGGUGACUACCCUGCAGCCAUAAUGCAAGUCGUUCGGACCAUCUUUACGUUCUUGAAAACCGAGACCCUUUGGGGUUCAACGGAGAUCCAACUAUACACUCUUUGCCUUCAAGUGAUAAAGCUUAUGCAGAAUUCUUCUGGCCAAGCUAUUUGCCCCGAAGAUGAUGACUGUCAAGUUGCAACAGACAUUACCAAUUGGAGUGAGAUGUAUAUCCGGCUUCUGGGCGAGCAUCGAAUCUGGGACUUUAGAGAUCUCUUUGUCACGACCAUUUCCGUAUAUGGAUGGCAAAGAACGGCGUCACUUAUCUUCGGACCGAGACACAUUUUCGAUAUCCUCGAAGGAAUGAAUCAAGACUGGCGCCAGUCCCAGACUGACGAGUCCAUGGUUCUCGGCCUCCUUGAUCUUUUUACCUCCCUAAUAUUACAGAAUAGUGCCACGGAAAAGCGACAAAUCACAGAGUUGCUCUGCAUAUACUCUCGUUCACUCGCAGAAACGAUACAGACCAUCAGCCUCGAACACAUGAAAACUCGACCUUUCAUUCAGUGGAUACUAGCAAAGACUCUGGCGGGGAUGAGUGCAAUACCGCAAUGUUCUGAUGGGAGAAUACUGGAAGACUUUCCUGGACUCCUAAUCGAUCUUGGAGACAACGGUGUACACCUGCCUAUCUUUGUGCCUGUUCGGCAUUCGGAAAAGCCGGACUGGGAUAUGUUUCGCAACCAAGCCAAUGCCGCCGAAAUUCGCUCGAUCGAAGUCGCCAUUCAGGCGGCCACUGAUAUCGGCGAUUACGCUCUCCAGUCACUUGGUUUAAAGAUACUUGUUCUGCAUUCAAAAGAUCCAGGCGGUGUGCUGGAAGCUCUUGCGAGUUUGCAGCUAAGCAAGCUGGGCGAUAGAGAAGGGUUUCUCCAGACGUGUCUCUCAAAGUAUCUCACCUUGCGACACCGAGAGGAUGAAGAGAACCUGCUCGAGAGUUUCAAGAAGGUUGAAAACAGCUCCAAGGGGUUUCAAAACAAGUCCUUCAUCCAUCCGACGUUUCUAUGGGCCAGAGACGUGAUCUGUGGACACCUUGAAGCCCAGACAUUGGGUGAACUUGAGAAGUCAGCGGUCUGGUGGCUUGACCUUGAUGCCUAUAGCACGAAGCUUCCGCGAUACGUUGUGGAUUUUGUGAACCAAAACCUCGGUUCCACGCUGAGUUCGUCAAAGCGAUCGAUAUCUGCCAUGCAGUUGGGUAAAGGGGCCGCCCAAUCCGAGCAGACUUCAGAAGAUAAUCAAAUUUCAGGCGCGAGGAAUCGUCAUGACCAAGGCAGGCAAGCGAAUCGUGAGGGCCCAAUGCCCACAUCAGGAAACUUCAAUUUCAACCACCCGAGCGCUUUCAACUAUUUGGAAUCUGACAGCGCACUAGCUUCGCUUUUGUAUGCCCCGAAGGCCCCGGUUCAUACCGUGAACUCAUUGAUGAAUCCACACGGUUGUGCUGAGGGCCAGCCGGAUAAUGACAAUCACUCAGGAAUUGGGGCAAGGCCCUUUGUUGAAAGAGUCGACAGUGCCCCUACGGACAACUCCCAUGCUCUUCGACUUAAGAGCUGCACUAUAAAAGAUACUGCAACGGUCCAACACACCUCUGAUCAGAUAGCGAUCAAUUCUGACAGUUGCCAAAGCGACGACGGCGGCGAGCUGAUCACCUCUGUCCGCAUAAAUGAGGGAUUGCCGGAGCUGGACUUUUCGCCCUCGCUGUUAGACAGCAACACGCUGACAGUAACGAUCACGAGCAAAACUGAUCCUACUAUAUCAAACAUCUACGUGGUAGACAAAAACGGGGUCGCCAAAGGCGCUAUGCACGCCGAUAUAGAGCCUUCGACUAAGCUUGAUGAUACUCAGCCCCAAUCUCGAAAGGUUGACGAUUCUGAUAAUUCCCAAAGCGACGACGGCAGCAAGCUGUCCACUUCUAUCCGCGUAAAUAAGGGAUGGCCAAAGCUAGAAUUUUCGCCCUCGCUAUUAGACAACAACACGCUGACAGUAACACUCACCAGCAAAACGGAUCCUACUAAAUCAACCAUUUUCGUGGUAGAUGAAAAUGGGGUUGCGCAAAGCGCUAUGGACGGCAACAUUGAGCCUCCGACUAAGAUUCAUGAUGCUCAGCCUGAUUCCCAAAAGGUUGAACUCGGCAGUCCCAAAAGAACCACUCCGGGGCCAGGGAAACUAGCUGGAGAGGCUGGUAUGACUCCGAGGAAAGUCUCCAACCCCGUUAUGGUGAAAGACAGGCGUCUUACCCAAGACAGGUUGCCCCACGCGUUACGCCGACAACACCAAAGAGACGAAAAUCUGGCGUCGCAACUUAAGAUUCAACAAACCGAAGCUGAAGCUACUCAGUUGCGUGGUCACCAAAUGGCAUUCGGUCACAACGACCGUACGGGUUACAUACCAGGAAGCCCUGUGCCUCUCAGGCCCAUCACCAGGACCCUAAGUGAUCGUUUUCAGCUAAAUCAGGGCAUCGUGCGCACAAGUAGUUGGCCGACGAGUAUGCCACCGACGGCAGAGUAUGAUAGUCACUGGUAUCACAAGAGGAUGACGAGGGAGUCAUCCAAGACACGAGACUCAUCCAAGGCACGAGACUCAUCUAAGACACGAAACUCAUCCAAGACACGAGCAGCGAGGAGAGCCAGGAUUUCCAAAGAGGUGCUCGACCUACUGAAUGAAGAAUCUGUCAGUAAAAACAGAAGAAGGGGGAGUGUCACAGCGUACAACGAUCCCAACUCAGCAGAACAUAGCGUGGUUGACGGCUACGACUUGAACAUGGAGAACUUGGAGACUCUUUCUGAUGAAGUGGACCAAGAAGAUGGCCCUGCCUUGCUGGAGUCAAUCCCUGAUCGGAUGAAGGGCGUACCGCAGCCUCCGUCACGACGGAAAGUGCAGAUAAACGAAGGGCAACAUGAAAGGACCAUUGCCACUGCCGUCCCCACAGCCGCCGGCGCCGCCAAAGCGGACAGCAAGGAGCGGACAGGGGAAGGGUACUUUAAAACCCCCUUUUCAAUGAAAGCCAAGGGCAAGGAGGAGAAAGCCAGCCAAGUAAGAGGGUUAUCAGAACCAGGGACGAGAAGAAAGCCAAUGAGCGUGUCAAUCCAGACGGAGGAAGAAGAUGAAAAGGAAGAGAGGAACGAGCAGGUGAAGGCAAACAUCGAGUCUGCCGAGCAAGAGGGGCGAUCCCGCAAGGAGGAGGAAGCGAAACUUGCAAAAGAAAUGCAAAGCUCGAUAUGA